AUGUUCGAAUAGUUGGGUGAGGAUGCUUGCUAGGGGCCCCAGUGACAACCCGUGGUAGAUGGUGGUCAGACGUGAGGGAAACGUGGUUAGGUCACCAGUGCCUUAUCAUAGAGCCAUCUUACCGCUCAACGCAGUGACUAAGUCGGGCCGGACCCCUGAGAACAAAUGAGAUCAUGUCCUAGUGACUUGCAGCAAGUUGCGCCCAACUCUCCAUAUAUAACGACGGAGCAUUCAUGGCCCAACCAUUCGUUCUUCGCUGGGGCAUUAUCUCGACUGGCAGAAUCGCCAGUUGCUUCGUAACAGAUGUUCUCGUUGAUCCAGAAACUCGUAAUGUCACUGAUGUAGCGCACGAAGUGACUGCCGUUGGGUCGCGAAGCGUCCAAUCAGCGCAGAAGUUUAUCACUGAAUUCGCCAAGGGUGAUCAGUCCGAAAUCAAAGCGUAUGGGAGCUACGCUGGUGUCUUUGCAGACCCGAACGUCGAUGCAGUUUACAUUGGCACACCUCAUACUCUUCACUAUGAAAACGCACUCGACGCGAUAAAAGCAAAGAAACACGUUCUGUGCGAAAAGCCAGUGACCUCAAACGCGGCCGAGCUUCGGUCGCUCCUUGCAGCUGCAAAGGAGCAUGGAGUAUUCUUUAUGGAAGCGCUCUGGACGCGCUUCCAGCCUCUUGCGCUUGAAGUCAAGAGAAUUGCAGAAAGUGGUGUAUUAGGCGCACCAGUGGCUCUCCAAGCUGACCUGUCAGUCGAUUUUGGGCUUGAUAAGAUUCCUAAGACCCACCGAAUCUUGAAUCCCAACCUUGGUGGUGGUGCAUUACUGGAUUUGGGACCGUAUCCUCUUAUUUGGGCCCUGCUCGCCCUGUAUGAACACCCUGAAAACAAAGGGGCUGCUCCUAGCAACGUUACUGGAACAAUGUUGAAAACUCCUCUGACAGGGGUCGACCGCAGCACCUCCUUCAUAGUCACCUUCGCUGAAAAGGGGCUGGCAGCACAAGCAAUCCUGUCGUGCAACCUCAACGCAAAUACCUACCAGCCCGGCGUUGUAAUUCGGUAUGAAAAGGGUACGAUCACGAUCGCAGCCCCGAUAUACUGCCCGAAGAGCUUCACCGUGCAGUACCUUCAAGGCGAGAAGGUGACAAAGGAGGAGACGAGGCAGUUCGAAUACGUCGGCAGUGGAUGGCAUUUCCAGGCGGAUGAAGUUGCGCGGUGUGUGCGUGACGGAAAGAGUGAGAGUUCGCUUUGGGGACAUGACAAGAGCCUGGUGGAGAUGGACAUCUUCGACGAGGUCAGGCGACAGGGAGACUAUAAGUUCCCAUCCGGUGUGGAGAAGGUCGUGUAAGAGAAUCUAGAAC